AUGAACCAGUCAGCAGUGCUGCUAUGGCCUUACUGGCAGAGAGCAGUCCCGUCCCUUGUGUUACUCUUUCUCAUGAUCUUGACGGUCGGCGCAGAAAACUGUGGAAAGCCAUUCUCGAUGCCGGUCACGAACGUAGCUCUCACCAACGGAACACGCAUGCGCGGAGUUCAGAUUGGAGUUGGCUCAUCUGAACAAGCUCUGGCUAUGGUGCCAUCUUUGUGCGUUAACUAA